CUCUGAGAGAGAGAGAGAGAGAGAGAGAGAAAGAGAAAGAGAAAGCAAGCAAGCAAGCAAGCAAGCAAGAGGGAGGGGAGAGACAGGAGGAACGAGCUGCCUUUACAAGCAUCUAUCUCAGGCUGUUGCUUAUAGCAUGCACGCGCGAGCGAGCGAGCGCGUGUGUGUUUGUGUGCGCGUGCGGUGAAAACGCUAACAGCAGAUUGAGAUGAGGAGUCUCGCGCGUCUCAGAGAACAAUGACCGCGGGCUGAUAUCUCAGUUGGAGCACAGCAAGGCUUGGAGGCAGAUCUGGAGCUGGAUUCGCUCCAAACAUUUGGCUACAACAAUAAAACUGGGAAAAAAUCGCCUGGGAGGUUUAAUAUGAGCCCUCCCUGUUCCAGAGAGAGGAGCAGUUCUGUGCAUGUACACAUUGGAGAGUCCCAGGAGAAAACAAUCAUGUAAGAGCCUAACUGUGAAAGAGGGAUGGAGCUGCACAAAUAGGAAACCAGCUGAGGCCUCUGGCUGAAGUCUCCUGUAGAAUACGGGGCGGCACAGGAGGGCAGAGGCCGCCGGGAUGACGAGCCUGAAGCAGUGGCGGCGGCUGGCCCUCGGCCUCAUGCUGACCUGGGUGCUGCUCUUCCUGGCUCUCUUCUCGUACUUCAUGGAGUCUCGGGUGGAUGAGCCGCGCUCGGCGGGUGCCCUCUCGCACGCCGAAUCUCACCACCUCAGCGCCGUGCGGGGGAACCCUCGCGCCAUCAUGGCCUCUCGCCUGGAGUCCCCCACCGGCUCCGGUCCUGCCGCCUCCAGCAUCCAGCCAGAGCAGAGCCUGGAGCAGAACCCCAGCACCGAGCCCCAGGCCGGCCGGCUGAGCCAGGAAGCCUACCCUUACCCCGACCCGCAGAGCCUGGCUGCGUGGUCGGCGUUCGGCACCCAGGAUGUGGGCGUAGUGACCCGCAGCCGUGAGCAGGAGCAAGAAGAGGAUGAAGAGGAGGAGGUGAUGUUGGGAGGCCUGGUUGAAGCAGAAGAAGAGGAGGGUAAUGAGGAGGAGAGAAAUGUGGUGAAUAAACGAGCGAUAGCCCAUCAAUGGGACGAUUCUGAGGAGAGCUACUUCUCCAAGUCCAAGUCUGUAGUGCACCGUCUGUGGAAGGGGAGCGUAUCUGUGGGCAUGCUCAGUCCACGCCUGCAGCGCGCUGUAAAAGAUUACCUGAGCGCUAACAAACACGGAGUGGCCUACAAGGGCAGGCGGAGUGCUCAGCAGAAAGGAAAGCAGCUGCUGUGUGAGAUGAAACGGAAAAGCCGGGUCAGGACGCUGGACGGAGCAGAGCUGCCCUUCUCCAAACUGGGCUGGAAGAGAAUCGUACCUGCCUCUCCCCUCCAGCAGCUCUACGGCUCCAGGUUUGGCUCCUGUGCCGUGGUCACCUCGGCCGGCGCCAUCCUCCACUCCGGCCUGGGAAAGGAGAUCGAUUCCCAUGAUGCCGUUCUGAGGUUUAAUUCAGCGCCAACUGAAGGCUAUGAGAGAGACGUGGGGAAUAAGACCACUAUCCGCAUCAUAAACUCUCAGAUCCUGGCUAACCCCGGCUACCACUUUAACACCAGCUCACUGUAUAAGAAUGUUACCUUGGUGGCGUGGGAUCCUGCGCCGUAUGCUGUGAACCUGCACAAGUGGUACUCAAGCCCAGACUACAACCUGUUCACUCCGUACAUCGAGCACAGGAAGCACUUUCCUGCUCAGCCUUUCUACAUCCUCCACCCCAAGUUCAUCUGGCAGCUAUGGGACGUGAUCCAGGGCAACACCUUGGAGAACAUCCAGCCCAACCCACCUUCGUCAGGCUUCAUUGGCAUCAUGCUGAUGAUGUCACUGUGUGAGGAGGUCCACGUGUACGAGUACAUCCCCUCCCUCCGACAGACCGACCUGUGCCAUUACCACGAGCGCUACUAUGACGCGGCGUGCACGCUGGGCGCUUACCACCCCCUGCUUUACGAGAAGAUGCUCAUCCAGCGCAUCAACGUGGGCUCUGAGAGUGACCUCAAGAGGAAAGGCAAGGUCACCCUCCCCGGCUUCAGCACCAUCCACUGUGACUCCUGAACUCUGAUCCGUGUGGAGAAGGGAGCAAUAAGCAUCCUCGAUUUAGCAGAGGAAGCCCACGGACCGUCCCGGGACACACGGCUGAGUCUGGGUUUGGCCCCCCCCACGACCCACGGACCCUCACCGGGACACCUGAGCUCGACGGCCGACAGGGACGAAUCCGUGCUCUGAGGAACCGUUUCUAAACGUUGCGUUUUCUGAGCCAUGCGUGAUUUAGAGAUCAUCGGAUAGCAAUAGGGUUCUCCUAGAGAAGAUGUUUUUAGAUACUUGGCCAUUUUGCUGUUGCUAGCCAUCGCGUGACCAUGUUGACAGUGUUUGUGAUUGUGUUGCUGGUCUAGUCGUGAGGGGAAACUUAUGUGUUUAACCGAAAUCCUGCGAUGGAGAUUUUUGGGAGGGGAUUUAAAGAAGUGUUUUAGAAGUCAAACACUGAAUGUUACCAGUCUAUUAUAGGUCACUUAUACAGACACACACAUAUACUAUGUAUAAAAAAAAAGAAACUAAUAAUGACAAAUGAUCUAUCUUCACACAAACGGAUGAAGGUUUUAAUUUAUUUUUACUUACUUUAGUGACUGCACCUUUUAAACCCACUGUUUUACUAGUGGUUGUGUGUGUCUCGAAUAACUUAAUAGCAGGUCUCUUUUUUGUGGUUCUCAGUGGAGAUCUGACUUUUGUUUACUGCUGUAUUACAGUUUCCUCAGCUGCUCAAUUCUUUGAACGUUUUGGAAAAUAUUGUGCUCUUCCUAAACUGCUGUCUGAGCUGUUUGUAUUUUUAACUCGAGUCCUACGUAACCUCUUGGACACUGAUUAAAAAAAAACUAAACAUACUUUUAGACAACGUACAAAAAAUAUGAAUUGUUUAGUUAUGAUUGUUUUUUUAUAGCAUGAUAUUAAACUUCAGUCAAGUUACAUCAUCAGAGCAGUUGAGGAAAAAAAAAUGUCUUUUUCACCUGCACUUUAGGAGAGCUUUGAGAGCUUUUACUGCUCCAGGGUUGGAACUGUUAGUGUAAAGGCUGGAGGAUACGGGCCUGGUGGACCCAGACACUGCUUGACCGUCGUUUGACGUCAGGCCUUUGGCAAUAUAUAAUCAGUGCAGUGAUGAUUAUGAUGAUGAUGACUGAUUGCGUUGUGUUUAAACCAGUGUCGUCUGGUUGUCCUGCGUGUUUUGCGGUUCCAGGAUCAAUAACAGGUCCUCAUCAUGCGCUCCCUAUGGAGUCGCAAUCAAAAGCGAAUGAAAAGUUAAUAGAAAUUUCUUAGUUUUCCAUACAUUGUAUGCAUUGUGUGCAUUUUGAAGCGUUUCAUUUGGACAUUUUUACUUACAAUUUUUAAAUUCACAUUAUGUUUGAUAUGUAAAUAGUUUUUUCUUGGGUUUUUUUUUUUGCUGUUUGUUUUUUUAACUGAUGUAAUUCAAAGUUUCGUCUUUGUCUACGCAGUUUCAGUAUGUGCCCUUUUAUUUCAGAGGGUAAAGACUUACAAGCGCAUCUGAAUUUGUGAUCUAGAGGAGGGGACUAAAAUGUGUACAGAUCAAAUCUGUUGUGAACUGUAAGGCUAGAGAUGUACUUGCUGUUUGGCCAUUCGUUCAUUCAAACCAACCAGCUGCUCGUCUGCGAGCUACUUGUGUUACUGGAGGCUUCCACUAGAGGCCUCCACUUCUCACAGUCAUAAGAACACAACAUACAGGUGUGGGUGUUUCUAAGGAGAAACCAACGCUUCAAAUAAAAGCAAGCAACGUAAAGCAGCCAUUUUUAUGUUUAUUACAUAUUUAACAGCAAGUAUUUCUCUGGCCUGAUAGCAAAACUAUUAACAGAUAUUUUCACUCAGGUGUUCGUUAGACUUCUGAAACGAGUUUAAUAGCCAAUACAUUCUUCACAGUCUUCUCUAGACAUCACUUUAUGAACCUCUGUGUAUACUAAUCAGUAUGAUGCUCUAGUGGUAAACUGAUGGUGGUCCAAGACGGAAUAUUUUACUUCCUUUCUGUCUUUACUUGAGAAGUGAGGGAACGAUGUUAUGCAGUAAAAAACAGAGUGAAGGCUUCUGGAUUUGAUGAGACUUCUAGUGCUGUAGAUGUGGGUAAAGCUUUUGAAGGAGUCCAGAAAAGGUUCUUAAAACAGUCCAAGCAAAUAACACAAGAAGGCCUGUCAAGAUAACUACUUUUUUUGGACAAUAUGUCGUCACAAAAAUACAAUUUUAAACUAUUUUAGAGAGCAAUUAUUAAGAGUUCAACUAUUGGGAAUAUUCAGAAAUUGGAAUAAAUUGGAAUAAAACUAAACUGCACGAAAUUAAAAUUUGGCCCGAAACCAACCAAAACAAUUAUCUAAAUACUGUAUUUUUACACUUGCUGUUACACUCAAUAAAUUAAAGGGCCUACAUGCGAGUCUGUCUUGCUUGUUAAAGAAAAAGCAAUUUCAGAACAACAAUUAAAAACAUUUAUUGAACAUCCUAGAAAUGCAAAACACUGCAGAGGUCUUUUAAUUUGAAACGAGGAACACAGAAACCAGAAUCCACAUAUUUUUUUUUUUAGCAGUCGUUAAAACCAGUAUGUAAUGCUGAAGCGAAGCCUCUUUCGAACUAAAGCUAUAGACAAAGCAGACAGAACUUGCCAGCUGUACACCAGCCUUAGCUAAAGCUAACAGACCCAGGCUCUGCUGGAGCGGGAUGCGUGCUAGCAGUUUUUUCUGGAUUACUCUCACCAAAGUUCCUGGUCUGCUUUAGGUCUGCUUUAGCUAACUCUGACAUCAUUGGGCUGUUUAAAAUAGUCCUAAUGUUGAGAGUAAACACUGUAACGCUAAAAUAAUUAGCCAUUUUUUUGGCUGCUAAAUAUUUAGUGCAUCUCUACCUAAAAAUAAUGCUUUUAAAACAGUUGACGUACCAAUUGACGUACUCAUUCAUGUUAAAGAGCUUACCUGAAUGUCAAAAAGGUCAAAAAUUAUCAAUUUCCUUGUAUCAUACGGGAAUUUGAUCAUGUAAUUAUCUUGACGGGCCUAAACACAGGCAAGGCUACUGUUGCUCUGUGAUUGUUACAGACUUGAAUUGAAACAGGAAAGCUGAACAUCGUAUUUAGUUCUUUAUCAUGUAUUAAUUGUGCCAUCACUCACUUUCCAACAACAGAAACUGAAUUUUCUGUAGAAAGAAUGGGAGUCAACAUGCAGUGUUUCCAUGCAGACCUACACGCCACUGAGCUCCUCAGAGUUUCUGACCAACUCUUACUGAAUGUCUCCUAAGCCUUUAAGAGGACCAGUGUCUGCUAAGGGAGGAACUGCACUGCGCUGGGUUUGUUUCAGAGCAGCAGAAUGAUUUGUAGGAGUUUUUAGGGAACUUCUUAUGUAAAACCGGCCAGUCUGGAUCGUGCUUCCCAAAUGCUUUGUGGUCUGUUUUACGAUAUUGGAAAAAAAAAAAAAGUAUUCGACAUCUGCUGAUGUUCAAUUUAAGCCCUAUUGGGAACAGUUUUGGUUUUUUUUUUCCCUUUUUGUCAAAAAAUGUUGUGCCAUUGUGAUUGUACAAGUACUUUCCAAAUGAAAACUGAACUGUGUAAUUAGUACAAUGCAAAGUGGAUGCAGCAUGCUAAGUAGCAGGGUUUCUGAGCCCUUUGUGGUGAACAUGCUUUGUCGUCUGUAAAUAUAGGUCAGCAGUUCCUAAUGUAAAGUCCUGGGGACCCCGUUUUUGGCAUGUUUUUGCAUGUUUUCCUUCCUGCUCCAAUUCUGUGUUCACACAGCUGGUAAAAGUGGUCUAAAGUUUGUUUGUUUGUUUUUUCCCUAAACAAAUCUGAUGUAUAUUUUCAACUGUUCACUCAAAUCCUUUUACUGUGACCUAGUGUGUGCAUAUGACGUCUGUCUGAAUGGUUCCUGCUGUGUAACGGACACACGUGCUAAAGAAUGACGCUUAACGUUACGUUUCGCUUUAAUUCCUGCCAGAAUCAUAGAGUUCAGGCUGACUUGCCUCAUCACGCAGAGAGCAUUUGAGCUCACUGCAAAAACUGUAUGUUUUUCAGACAUGGGCGUGUUUUAAAUCAUUUUCUUUUGAUGCUGCAGCCACAACCUGUAGACCUGUAAAUUCAUUGAAAUGAUUCAAAUUAAAUAUAAAUCAGAUUGCAAUAUCAAAAUAAAGAAGUGGACUUUUCCGAAUAACAUUCAACUUUUUACAGUGAGCUUAAACACUUUCUCGCUGAUAAGCGAGCUUUCAGCUACUGGAACCCCUUCAUAUCUCCUGUGAUGCUGCUGAAGGUGAAACCGAAACUUCACGUGAAACAUUGCUCUUUUACGCAUGUGAUAUGGGUUACAGUAAGAACAAACAUAGGGUUUGCUAAAAAAAAAAUGUUUGCUGCGUGAGCAUAGCAUAGGGUUCUCUUCAGUAAUGUCAAAUAUUUCUAGUUCCACAUACAAUUUUUUUGUUAUGAUAGGGUGCUAUAUUAAAAAUGGGGAAGAACAUUUCGAUCAAUUUUUGUUUCUUUUAAGUUAAAAAUCGAAAGUGCUGCUUCUUUUAAACAUUUAUUUUGUAAGAGUUUAUAGUAGGGGCUGUAAAGCAUAAAAACAUGUUUCCAUAUCCGGGAUCCCCAUGACUGGUUUGAGAACAUCUAGAUAAAGAGCUAAGCGGGAAAAGGCGAUGUAAACUUUUCUGAGUUAAGCUUCUCUUUAAAUGUGUUAAAGUUGUCGUUUUUGAUAACAGGAAUGAAGUAAUGAGUAUUAGACAAUAUGGUGAGUUUAUCGAUGCAGUAUGUUCGGAGGUUCUGAGCCAAACCAUGUUGAUAUUAAAGGUCUACGAGUGUCUGGUGCUGUGCAUCUGUGCUGGGUUUCUAUCUCUCUGUCUCUCUCUAUUUCUCUAUCUCUCUCUAUGUAUCGCUAUUACUCACUCUCUCUCUCUUUUUCUCUGCCACACAGCCUUUAACUUUGACCUGGUAAUCCUGUAUAUUUCAGUGUAAAUGGCAGCAAUUUUACUUUCCACCCAGUUCACUUUCAAAAGCCAUAGGAUGCUUUUGAUGGCAUUUCUUUCUUUUGUUAAUGCAAAUUUCAUGACUGUAGAAUUAAAUCUGUUUUUAAAUGAUCUUGUGUAUUAUGUUAUUUGUUUUCUAACAUGUAAAUAAAAAUACACAAAUUAG